ACCGCUUUGAGCUGCACUGGGGUCUAUUUAUUCCCAAAACCCUCAUUUCACACCAGACUUGACUUCUGAGUCCCCAUCAGCAUGACUAGCUUACGGGACUUCCAGAACGAAAUCGACGCGAUUCACCACCACGAGGUUGCCCGGCAAAGGAACCAACUCGCUGCUGAGAGAGCGAAAGAAUUUGGCGCGAAGUUACCGACUGUCAAACUCCUAGCUACUGCUUCCGCAGGCACGACUGAGAGCACUGGCAUUACCGACACGCUCAAGACACAAGCUCUAGUUUCGCAGCCCGAUUUUUCGGACAUAGAUGAUGAAUUACAGGUGCUCUUGCUCUCGCCCGUGCCUGCAGACCACGACCGAGCACGAGAUGUAAUUGCCUCUCUUUUAACACAACGGAGGGGGGAGUACCUCUUACGAUUAGGAGCUCAUCCUCCUCAUGGCAAGCUAUUCUUGAACGGAGCAUCUGCGACCAGCGACCAGUGGCGAGGCGCAACGCGUACAGUGGAUGAACUUGCCACAUUGCGGAAAGAGGUUAGCAAGAUCGUUGAAGAAGUUGGGGGAAAGGCCACGGUUCUUUUUGAGACGACAUCGGAUCAGCCUCGAGCAACAUUAUUGCUCAGGUUACCCCCUGCGAAUGUGUCAUUAACUCCCGAAGUUCGAUGUGCUGUUGUGGGGAAUGUCGAUAGCGGCAAGUCGACUACAUUAGGUGUCCUGACUCGAGGAGCACUUGAUGACGGUCGAGGGCGGGCUCGAGUCAGCUUGUUCAGGCACAAACAUGAGAUUGAGAGCGGAAGGACAUCCAGCGUUGGCAUGGAGAUUUUGGGAUUUGGUCCUUCGGGCGCCCCAAUUUUACCGUCUACAGCUCAUCUGAAUGACCACGACGCCAUUCGACGCGAGAAGAUGGGAUGGGAGGAGAUCUCGGCGCAAGCAUCUAAGAUUGUCUCAUUUAUUGAUCUCGCUGGCCAUGAAAGAUAUCUGAAGACGACCCUGUAUGGCCUGACGUCUGGCGCCCCUUCAUGUGUUAUCCUUAUUGUUGGGGCCAAUGCUGGGCUGAUAGGUAUGUCGAAGGAGCAUCUUGCGAUUGCGUUAGCCUUGAGCGUCCCCGUUGUCGUUUGUAUCACGAAGAUCGAUAUGACCCCGCCGAAUGUCCUAUCCAAGACCAUCGAGCAAGUCACCAAGAUCAUGAGAAGCCCGGGUUGUCGAAAAACGCCUGUAUUCGUAAAGUCCGCUGAAGUUGCUGUGGAACUGUCGCAAGUGUUUGCAAAGGAGCGAUUGUGUCCGACAUUUCUGCUGUCCAACGUAACAGGGGAGGGACUUGACUAUCUCCGCAUGUUCCUUAAUCUCCUACCGGCCAGCGAGAGCGAUAGCGAGAAGUUCGCUGCCGAUCAACCAUUGGAGUAUUCAAUCACUGAGAUAUGGUCCGUGCCGUAUGUCGGUACCGUUGUCGACGGUAUCUUGAACAGCGGGGUCAUCAAAACGGGCGAUGCCGUGUUAUUAGGCCCUGACGCCAAUGGUAACUUCCAGAGCACUGUUGUCAAGUCAAUUCAACGAAAACGUGCUCCGGUGAAUAGCGCUGAGGCCGGGCAAUGUGUUUCGCUCGCGCUUAAGCGUGUACGAAAAGGUGCCGUGCGCAAAGGAAUGAUACUUGUUCAUAAAACGGAAGCAGUUCCAAAGGCCGUGCGAAAGUUCGAGGGCCAAGUCUUGAUCUUAUACCACAACACCACGUUGCAGAAGAACUACCAGGCCAUGCUCCAUUGCGGCGCCGUACGCCAGACCGUGCGCAUUGUCAACAUGGAUCAUCCGCAAGGUAUCCUGCGUACCGGAGACCGAGCUACUGUCACCUUCGAGUUCAUAUCGCGCCCUGAGUUCAUUAAGGAAGGGAUGAAGCUGCUGUUCAGAGAAGGGAAGACGAAAGGUCUCGGUGUCGUAACGCGAUUAUUGUAAUACCAUCAAUCCCCUACCUCCACCGAUGGCAUGGCAUGAUGUACAAUACCGGAGGCCGAAGGCUCGAGCCUGUAUGUAUCAGACGCGGCCCACUGUAUUAACAACGGAUGUACAGUAGGAGCAUGAUCUCUUGUAAUGUACAGUUCUU